UAUUGAUGCAUGGACACAUGAAGAGAUUUUUGAGUUGUAUGAUGAUUUCGGGGGAACGGAAGGUGGUGACAAAGAUAUAGAAGAGAAUAUUAGUGAUGUUAUGAUUGAUGAACAUGUUGAAGACGAAGAGAAUGAUGAUCUGAGUGAUCAAGUUGAGCUUGAACAUGAGGUAACAGGUGAUGAGAUACAACAAAAACCAGGUAAGAAAACUAGGGGUCCUACAAUGAUGCAUGCAGUACAUAUGCGAGAACAACGUGUAUGCAUCAUAUUAAACAAGUUUGGUCAGCCAAUUGGACCGGAUGAUGCUACACUAGAUGAAUUCUCAUCCUUUUUGGGGACUAUUGCUCAUCAUUAUGACUUUGCACCCUUGGUAGUUGGUACUUGGCGACGUAUGCCGGACAAGGACAGUAUGUGGGAUUAUGUAUUGUCCAAAUAUGAUGUUGCCCUGAAAGAAAAAAAAUGGGUAUUAAGUACAAUUGGGUCAGCCUGGAGAGUUCACAAGUGUCGAUUCAAGACAAGGCUUUGCU